AUGGGCGUGCGCGCCAGCACGCUGACAGGCCGCGCCGUCGUCGACCCUCGCCUCCUACACCUCACCAAAUGGAAGGAGAGGCAGGUCGACGACAUGCUGAUUGCGCACGAGCACGACCUGGGCGGGCGCUUCGCCCUCGGGCCGCGGCACGCGGCGGUUUUAUUGGGCAUGACGGACGACGAGGCCGCGCCGAUCUUCGAGCUCAUGGACACGGAUCAUAAUGACCUGGUGGAUGCCUUCGAACUCAUUGCGACGAUCGUGACCUUGAGCGGCUUGACGAUCCGACAGAAAAUUGAUGUGCUACACGCGUUGUUCGAUUUCUCGCGGACGGGCGAACUUACGGUAGAUGAGCUCACGAUCUUCUUCCGGUGCGUGUCGAGCGGCUGUAGUAAGGUCGACGGCAACGUCGUCGCGCCGACCGUCGCGGAAUUGGAGAAGACGGCGAAGUGGUGCUUCACGAAGGCGGACCGAUCUUUGUCCAUGGAGCUCGCGAAGCGGGAAUUCGACGAAUUUGUGUUUACGGACCCGCGGAUCUUGCACUUCCUCGAGUACUUCUCGGGGGACACGCGGCAGGUGCCUCUGUUAACAGGGGCGAAGUGGACCGAUAAGGGUUGGCGGCUCUUCGCGGACGCCGGCUCGCCAUUAAAGGGCAUGCCCUUCGAGGGCGAGUCCUUGCAUAGUAAGAGGCCCGACGAGUGCCUGGAGCUGUCUCCUGCACUCUUCGGGGGGACUAGACUGGGCCUCAUCCGGCCGGGCCUCGUCCAGGACCGGGGUUUCUUGGGCGCCGUCGCCAUCUUGUCGACGGCGCCAAAGCUGAUCAAAAACCUCUUCGUGCCGACGGGCCAGGAGGACCCCCACGGGCGCUUCGCGCUGCGGUUUAUUAUAGGCGGGCGCGAGCGCGUCGUCUGCGUCGACGACCGCCUCGCGUGCUCGUCGCUGAACCGGCCCCUCCUCGCGCGGACGGAGGACCCGGCCGAGAGUCUCUGGCUGCCCCUGCUCGAGAAGGCCUUUUUCAAGCUGCGGGGCUCGGCCGACGCGGCCGCGGCCGCGUCGACGCUCGACUGCCUGCGGGCGCUGACGGGCGACGCCUGGGAGGAAUUUGCGGAGCUCCCGGGCGACGCGACGGCGCUCUGGGACCUCCUCAAGGCCUGGACGGCGCGGGGGCGCGCGGGCCUCGCCGCGACGCCGCGGGGCGGGCGGCCGCGCGGCUGCGGCGUCGUCGCCGGGCGCGCCUACGGCGUCCUGAAGGUCGUCGAGGCGGGGCCGAAGCGCGUGCGUCUGGUCCAGUUUUGUCGGGGCUGGGCGGGGCCGCGGCCCGGCGGGCGAUGGUCUUUGGACGACGAAAGGUGGGACGACCCGGUGGUCGCGAAGGAGUGCGGCUUCCGCGCCAAGGACGAGGCCGUCUUCUGGUUGGAGUUGGAUGAAGUGCAACAAGUGUUCGACUGCGGCUGGUCCUGCAAGCUCUACGACCCGGAAAUGUGGACGACGCAGCGGCGCGCGGCGGCGUUCCCCGAUCAAGGGGGCGGCUGCCUCAACCAGACGACCUGGGUCGCGAACCCGCAGUUCUUCCUGGACCUGCCCCACAAGACGCCGGUCCAGCUCACGCUCACGCAGAACGGCACUCAUGCGAUCGGCCUGUGCGUCGUCCGGCAGGACCGCGGCGACGACGGCGCCGCCGUCGAGAAGGUCGUGGACGUCAAGCAGGACCGCGUCGUGGGCCUGACGGAGCGCUUCGUGAAAGGUCCCGCCGUGGACAUGUACCUCGACGAUUUAGAUGUAGGCGCCUACGCGAUCAUCCCGAUGACGCUGUCUCCGGUCGCGGGCACGGGCGGCGCCGUGGCCGUGUCGACGCGCGCGCGGACGCCGCACACGCUGCGGGGCGAGGAGGAGAUCCUGGCGCGGGCCGUGAGCGACGAGGGCACGAGCUCGCACGACACGAUUUUACUGGAGGCGCCGCCGGCGCCCGCGCUCCUGGCCGGCGGCGACCAGGAAGCCCAGAGCGUGGCGGCGCUCUACGGGCUCAUCGGCGACCUCUGGGUCGAGGCCUUCGGGCUGCAGCUGCGCCGCGACGCGCUCCUCGGCCGCUACAAGAAGCUCUACCGCGCGAAGUGGGAGCAGGCGCAGCGGCGGCUCGCCGCGGGGUAAGUACACGAAUUAAA